AUGCCGAGCCCGCAGCUCCGUGUGCGGGGCGCGGGAGAGGCUCCGCCGCUGCGUGACCACGAUGCGCUGCAGUUUCUAUUCUACAGGAAGGAAUCACCCGCGCUCCGGGCCGGCCUGGUCCCACAGCGCGUUCCGACACAGGCUGCCCGCUCGGGAAGGCCGGUCCUGCGCCAUGGCAGCCCCUGGCGGGGGCACAUCAUCCCCAAAGUGGGGAUCGCCGUCUCCGCCGCCCCCUGGGUGUCCAGGCGGUCGGCAGCCUGGUCCCGCUGGAGCCGGUGGGACCACAAACUCCCCGGAACACCCAAAGGAGAAGAAUUUGUCAGUUUCGUUGAAAAAGGGGUGUUGCUCUGUGUUGUAUUUAUUGCUCAUCCAGAAGGUCCACUUACAUUUUUAGAAGAAAAGCUGAGAGAAAUAAUGGCAGAGGGAUUAGAUACUUUCUUAUGAUACAUACUGAAUUAUUCUCUGGGUGUGUGUGCUAUAUGGCUAAAAAAUUGCAUGCAAAAAAAAUUGUGUGACUUUUACAGCAGAAACUUAAUGAAGCUUUAUUUUGGAGGAUGGAUAAAAUAUAAUAUGCUGGAAAGGAAUGAGAAAAAAAGCCAGUGGAAGAUGGCUCUACAAUAAGUCCAUUAUAGUAUCUAAAUAUUAAAAGUUAUUAUACAGAAGUGGAACAUGUGGGUGCAGACCAACAAGGAAAAAAACACAUUCUAUUUAAAUCUGUUGUAUAGAGAUAGUACUAAUUGAACUCUAAGACUAUUGACAAGCUUCCCUAGUUUACAGUAAAUGAGUUUGGCUCACUGCAGAAAAUUCACAGACAAAGGUUUACCAUACCUGGACUCUUGAAAAGGCUGUCACAAGAUCAUCUGUUUGGAAAUUCCAGGUUGCAUUCAGGUUUGUACUGAUGUCUUCAAAAAUACUGCCAAUGGCUGAAACUGGAGUCAAGAUUUGCUAAUCAGCAAAAUGUUAACUCUUACAGACAGAUGUAUUUAAGCUGUUGUUGAAAAAUGUCAACAGGUAAUGUCUGUUAUCUUUCUUGACUCUCCAAAACUUUCUCACACAACUUUUAAAGCCCUUGCAGAAUGUAGACUUUUGAAGGUCAGCACUGAAGGUUAGAAUGAACAAAACACUGAUUUAGGUUUCAAGCUGAUGAGUAAACGCUGUCUGUACAUCAGGCACAUUCAUGUGGCUGAUUGCCAGUAGAUUACAGAGGCUGGUGUUAAGAUGAUUUCACCAUUGAAGCAUAUCCAUGUACUGAAUAUGGCAGACUGCACAAGGCCCUUUGUACAAGGUUCUUCAGGAGCUAAGCUAGGAGAGCUGAGUGUUAGCUGCAACAGAGGAGGUUUUUACUAUGUGAAUCUGAACUUUGUCCUGACGUACAUCAUUGUAAUUGAGUUCUGCAAGAGCACAGAAUACCUGGAACACUGCCACAUCUCUUCCUGCCCUCAGCUGACAGAUGAAGCUGUGAAAACAAUGGCAUUUCACUGCCACACACUGACAUCUGUCAACAGAGGAGGUUGCCCAAAGAUUAUUGAUACAUGUAUCCAAUACUCAGCUGCAGCCUGCCAUUAUCUCCCCUUCUUGGACAUCUCAGGUUGUAUUCAUCUUACUGACAAUACCCAAAAUAUCUUGAAAGGCUGUGAGCAACUCCAGAUUCUCACAACACUGUACUGUAGAAAAAUUACCAAACAAGCUGUCUUGAAAUACACAGCUGAACUGGAGAAACAGGAACAUAACGAUGCUGACCAGCCUUCCUGGCUUGGAUAUGGCUGGGAUGGCAACAUAAUCACCUUCACCAAAAAACACAGAUCAGAGCCUGAAAAAACAAACUCUUCAAAAUGAAAAAUGAAGAAAUUGUGCAGCAUCUCUACAGUUCAAGGGUUUUUCUCCAGAGCAUGAAAAGACCACUGUGUUAUUUUUUCUUAAAACUAAUCACUUUAAUAAAAGGCUAUUUGUUGCAUUAGCAAGGAAGCAUAGCAAAUCUUUCUCACAGGAGUAUGAAUGCCUUCAAGCAAGACAGCUGCCCUCAGACAGCACUGCUAACUCUCAGAUGUUGAUUCAAGCUGUCUUCAUCUUUCAAUAAUGAAAGUUUUUGUAGUCCCGUGCAGAGUAAGCACUGAAUAAAUCUGCAUGUGUUGAAAGAUUUGUUUGUCAUGAAGGUCCACUCCAGGACAUAAACACUGACUCCCCAGAGAAUUUCACACUUGAUGUGGCUGGUACUCAUCAAGUACAGUCGUCUUGAGGUGUUGAGAGCAGUGAGUAGGCAGUGCCUACAGAUUCUUUAAUACACAACUACACCCAUACAUUUAAGCACAGUUCUCCACUUCCCAACAGUCACUUGUGCACCCAGAGCCCACAUUCUCAUAAAAGCCUCUUGGGCUGAGUCCACCUCUCUAAACAAGCUGAUGUUCGUGUCUGCAGGUCUGGACUGGGGGCUGGCUGGCAGCUGAGAGAGCAGAACCAAAUUAAAGGGAGCACAGAUGAAAAAAGUGUUAAGAGUAUAAAUCUGUUCCAGUUACAAGAAUGCCUUCUCAUCAAAUGGACAAAAAAAGAUAUAUGCGCACACAAGGGAUUUGCCAUUCAAAUUCUAAUUGCUGAUAACCUACUUAUCUUCCCUUGUCUAGAGAAAAAUACAGUUUCACCUCAUUAGAGCAGAACAAGACAUUGUUCAAUGCCUUUGGGGAAACUCAUAAGGAAGGGUUUGCCCUUCUUCAACUCAUUCUUGACCUUUAUAUUAACAUCCUAGCUGAUCUCAACAUGUUUUAGCUUGGAAUGAAUAUAAUCAGUAGCUUUAGUGGUAGCACAAUUUUUCUGCUGGCUGAUUUAAACUUCUUUAAGCAAGUAACUAACAAGUUUGAUGUUUAGUUCCUGCUAGAUUUAGAAAAUGGAUGAAUUCAAAGUCUGAGUUUCCUUUCUUUUGAAUAUGGAACAAAUAACAUGUUUCCUUACUAUGUUCUCCCUUAAAUUUUUGCUGAUGCAGCAGUCUUAAAAAACACAAACUUAAUCUCAGAGGCUGACAGG